GUUGUCAUGCACAUUGCGCAGCUAGAAGAGGAGAAUUGAAAGUUUUAUCACUCGAAAUUGAUUUAUGACCAUCGUACGAAUGAAAAUGAAGCUAUUUUCACCAAAUAAUUCAUCACGAAUCAAUUAACACCUCGGUAAUAGAUUCGAUCGAGUCAUACGAUCUAUUCAUCCAUCAGCUGAUUUCCAGUGAAUCCAGAACACCUGUAGUGAUUAAUGACGUCAUUCACGUAACUGCAAAAGUUACCAUCAAUUUUCCUUUCAUAGAAGUGUAUCGCUGUGUUUGAGUAUGGUGUCUUGGUGUGAUGAACCUUCAAAUUUUGAAUAGAACGAAGCAGCUGAAAUUUCAUCGAAGUGGAAAAUUUUCAUAUUACUCGAGUUCCUGACACUCCGGUGUUACAAUACGUUCGAGGUCGUAACAAUUAAUGAUUUAUUGGAAUGGAAGGAAAUUGGUGUUCCUUUGUUUGUGGUGAAUUUGCUUGUUGUCUUACUCGAUGUGGAUUGACGCACCGUUCUCAGUUACCGCAAAACAAGCAUUUUAAAAUGGAUAUCAGCCAUAGGCGAGACCAACCAGAGAAGCGUUCUUAUCGCGGGUUACCUAAAGUGAUAAUUUGGUAGCCGAUAAAUCAAAGUAACAGCCUCGAAACGACCAAAUAACUAUAAAAACAGUCUGCAAAAUGGAUCCAACUACCGCUCCUAACCGUACUUCUUCGACCCAACAUCAUUCCGACUCAGAAGACGUAGUGCCAUCUUCGAAAUCUCGUACCAAAAAAGACGUUUCAAAUCUGAUUCUAUUCCGUAACUCGAAGCUGGGCCAAUCGGCGCCUUCGCUUUCGGUAUCCAUGAAAGAUCUGCGACUCAGCGGUACCGUCUGCGGUAACGUCGUCAGCCAACAGCAACGUAAAACUAGUCGAACGCAACAGCGUAAAAGUUUCGUAUCAAAUACGUCGCCAACGUUUCCGCGAUGCCAUUCGCCAAUGACCAGUAGCCCGGUCGACAGUCCUAAAAUACUGCAUUCUAAUCGUCACUUCCCUUUUAUACCUAUACGUAGACCGUUCACUCAUCUCAGUACCGAAUGCAAAGACGGCCGUAGAUGGUCCGUAGCCUCGUUACCGUCAUCCGGAUACGAUACGAACUCCGGUAGCUCGAACGUAUCGUCUCAAUGCUCUAGUCAAGAGAGACUGCAUCAUUUACCAAACGUGCCCACUUCGGAUGAAUUACAAAUGUUAACCGAGCAUUUCUCCUCGAACGAAAGUAACCCUAGCGCCGACGACGAGUCGACUAGAAAAUCGUUCAUGAGACCGAGAUCUCGUAGUUUGAGCAGCCCUAGUCGGUCACCUUGCCCAGAUAGUGAUAUCGUUACGAUGAACAUGCUGUAUAAAGAACGAUUUCCGAACGCUAUGAGCCAAAUGGAACAGCGAUUGAGUAAAUUCAUCGAAGGUAAUCAAGCGGCGUUGGCGGAGAAUUUGAAAAAUAGCUCCCCCGACGCCACGCCUAUAAUUCGAUUCGUACAUCACCAAGUACUAGAGAUGGCUCGCGAUUGUUUGAAAACUUGCCAAGAGAAAUUAAUAACCAGAAGUUACUUUUACGAGAUAUCGGAGAAUUUGGAAAAAUUACUAGUCGAAACGAAAGAGAAAUCUCCCGAAGGCGCGGUCGUAUUGAGCGGCGUUAUUAAAAAAUUAUUGUUGAUUAUUUCGCGUCCGGCGCGUCUUUUGGAAUGUUUAGAAUUCGAUCCGGAAGAGUUUUAUUUAUUUCUAGAAGAAGCCGAAGGCCUAGCUAAAUGUAAUCAAGAUAUUAAAGGCGAUAUACCGAGAUAUAUUAUUAAUAAAUUGGGUAUAAAUAAAGACCCGAUUAAAGAGCUCGAGUCCGAUUUACCCGAAGAGACGGAUACGAAAAAGGAAGAAGCGGCAGUUAGACUGGAACUCGGAGUUCCCGAUAAAGACACAUUCGCUAAAAAAUUACCCAACGAAGAAGACUUCCAAGUGAUUAAAUUGAUUUCGAAUGGCGCCUACGGAUCUGUGUAUCUGGUCAGACACGUCGAAACGCGUCAACGAUUCGCGUUGAAGAAAAUCAUCAAGCACAGCGUCAUGCUGCGGAAUCAAAUCGAGCAGGUGUUUGCCGAACGUGAUAUUAUGAGCUUUACCGAUAAUCCUUUCGUCGUCAGUAUGUAUUGCAGCUUCGAGACGAAGAAAUACUUAUGCCUUGUGAUGGAAUACGUCGAAGGUGGUGAUUGCGCUUCGCUUUUGAAAACGAUCGGUCCUCUGCCGCCGGAUAUAGCUAAAUUUUAUUUCGCCGAAACCGUACUAGCGGUCGAAUACUUACACAGCUACGGUAUCGUGCACAGAGACUUGAAACCGGACAAUCUGCUCAUCAACGCUUUCGGACAUAUCAAGUUGACCGAUUUCGGUUUAAGUAAAAUGGGCUUAAUGUCGCUGGCUACUCAUUUGUACGAAGUGUACGUAGAUAAAGACACCAAGCAGUUCGACGAUAAGCAAGUUUACGGUACACCAGAGUACAUUGCUCCUGAAGUGAUCUUACGCCAAGGAUAUGGUAAACCAGUGGACUGGUGGUCGAUGGGUAUCAUUUUGUACGAAUUUCUCAUCGGUUGCGUACCAUUUUUCGGCGAAACACCCGAAGAACUUUUUGCUCAUACGGUGAACGACGAUAUCGAAUGGCCCGAUGAAAAAGACUGGCCUAUUAAAACCGAAGCCAAGGAUCUGAUCUCGUCUUUGCUGCAACAAAACCCUCGCGAUCGUUUAGGCACCGGUGGCGCUCACGAGGUUAAGGAACAUCGAUAUUUCGAGAACCUUGAUUGGGAUUCGUUACUCAGACAGAAGGCUGAAUUCGUACCGCAGCUGAGCGGUGAAGAAGACACGAGUUAUUUCGAUUCGAGACUCGAUCGGUAUAAACACGAGAUCAUGGAAGAAACUGACGAAAACGACGAACAAUUCUCUGUCGGUUCGUUUUCUUCGUGUUCGGCUCAGUAUCGGAAAGUUACGUCGAGAUUGAGCGUUUACAGUAACAGUUCCGAGUCGACCAAGAGUGAUCGAAAAUCGUCCUUGUUCGAAGAUCAGUCUGAUUUAUUGAUCAGUGAAUCGUGCGGCGUGCAUUUACUCGAUACUUCCGAUAUCGAACCUAUCAACGAAGAGUCGACGACCGGUUCGAUUAUUUCGGCUAUCACUCCGAAAACGCACAAAUACGGCACGACUCCGGAAUCCUCGUCGCAAACCGAAAGCGACGUUUCGCCUCAAAUACAACGAAAGAAAGCGUACAUUAGUCGAGGUUCGGUUCCGAAGUUUUCCAUUUCAAUGGAAGACGAUUCGAACGCGGUUUAUUCGACUUCUGCGAGUAUGUCAGAUUUCCAUCGCGAUCUGUUCCCCGAUAAAAAAGAAAGACUGAAGAAACAAGGAUUACAUCUGACGAUGGAUAAUCAACUAUCGUCUGCUGCCGCUGUAUCGACGCCAACUAGACAUAAAUCGCGAUCGAUCUCGAAAAGCUCGUCGGCCACCGGGCUAUCUCUAUUCAUACCCUCGGAGGGUUCGAAUCCGGCUAUCCAAUCGCCGGGCGGAUCUAGUACGGCUAGUUCGAGAGAUACGUCACCGUGUCAAGAACUUUCGCCUUUGAUUAGCAGCUUGAAGCCGCCCAUUGUUAUACGUAGAGGUCCGUCUGGUUUCGGAUUCACGGUGCAUACGGUACGCGUAUACUACGGCGAUACGGAUUAUUACACGAUGCACCAUCUGGUGAUGGCCGUCGACGUAGGCAGUCCGGCGUUCGAGGCUGGGCUACGACCUGGUGACUUGAUAACGCACAUAAAUGGCGAAAUAGUUCAAGGACUUUAUCAUACGCAGGUUCUGCAGCUGCUGCUGUCGGGCGCCGAUAAAGUUACCUUGCGAGCUACGCCGCUGGAAAACACGUCGAUUCGAAACGACGGCAAGAAACGUCAUCCCGGUCAAGGGAAACUAGCUUCGCGUAAAUCGUCCAACUAUAAACAUCGAAGAUGCAAAAAAGAUCUCGCCGGUGCCGGCUCCGAUACGCGUAAACAACGCAGCAACGCUAAACCCAACUUACUCAGCAGGAUCAAUCACGCCAAACGUCAAGCGAGCGCUGCUAUCGAAAUCAAACCGCCUGGAGGAAUACCCUCGUCGCCUACUCAGAUAGUUCCUCCAUCUUACAUGCGAUCUCUAUCGGUCCAAGACACAGUGCCCGAAACGCCACCCAUAAUCACCGCCAGCUGCUGCUCUUCGCCUUUAAUUCGGCCCUCCAGCGGGGGAUCGUCGACCAUUAGUCCGAAUACCACCGUUGUAUCGACCUUAUCACCGGACCUGUCUAUCGGCACACCGCCCGAAUACUCGUCCAAUAGUUCAUCCAGCUCGUCAUCCAAUUCACCCUCGAUCACGCCGUCGAAUUCGUGUUAUCAAAGACCAUCCUCGUUGCACGGCCUCAAACACAAACUCGCUCCUAGUAAUAAGAAUCUACAUUCGCCGAAUCGUCGUAAAUCCAUCGGGCAUAUUCCACUGUCUCCUCUAGCUCGCACUCCGUCGCCUUCGCCGUUACCCUCGUCUCCAACGAGAUCACCCAGCCCUCUUAUAUUCCCACCCGGACAUCAUCCGCCGGGUAGUUCGAACACCACGCAAUCGUACAGUCCGUCGACUUCGGGCUCUUCUAUCGUAUGUACGCCGACUACCACAUCUAAGAAAGCAUUUGGACGGCCGAAAAACUCCGAACCUAGAUCGCCGCUGCUACGACGAGCCCUGUCGCCGGAUCGAUUGCAUCCUCGUAGCAACGAAGUCAAGAAUAACUUCAUAUCGCCGUUAUGCGAUUCAGCGUUAAAAGUUACCUUACACGCGCCCAGAAUUACCAUCACAUCGAAAUCGCCGCCCCAGUCUUUGAAAAGCACCGCCGCUGCAACUGUCGCCAAAUUGACCACCGUUUCUACUAUCAACGAAGGUAAUCAUAAAGUAACCAUCGCCUCUGUCUCUACCUCUACCUCAACUUCCGUCGUGAAAGAGAGUAAACUAAAAGACGUAAAAACCGACCCGAUCGAAUCGGCCGGUUUGGAUACAAUACCUACUAGUACCGCCCAUCAAGGCGAACUUCCUCAUAUAUUGGAAGAAAAAGAAUCUCAAGAAUGUCUUCCCGUGGUAUCUUCAUCGACAACGUCGCCAUCAUCGUCCUCUUCGAAAACUAUCAAAUCGUUUCAUCAUAGCGCAAACUCAAAGAAAAAAGAUUAAAAAUCAACAAACGCCGCGUAUACUUAGAAAUAAUUUCUAAACAAAAAUUAUACCUACCCUGUGACGAAAAAAAAUGAAAAGCUUCGGGCGUGCUUUUUUUCCCCUACUCCUCCUCUCACCCUCUCAAGCGACGCGUUUAUUUUUUCCCAAGUGUGAACUAGCACGAUGAUAUCGUAAUGUAUUUCGUUCGUUUUUUUUUAAAUUAUUAUUUUUCGCCUGUAUGGCCUGUUUUUGAUACUUAAGUAAUUGAUGAUACCUAUUUUUUCGUUUAAAAUGUUGUUUUUUUCAUUUCUAAAAUUAUAUUUAAAAAAUUUGCCAAGUCAUAAAACGCUUGUAGAAAGCACACCUACAAGGAAAACAUAGGUACCUAUUUACUUUAUGUAAAAUACGUGUAGAUUACGAGACGACGAUUUAUUGCGACGAUGUUAUUUUAAUUAUUAUUAUCGUGUGCAGUUACUCGUACGUUGUCGUAUAUUUUCUUCUUGUUUACUGAGUUUUCUCUCUAUCUCCACCACCCUAUUUGAACUUUAUGUACUCGUGUAUCUCUCUGUAUCUGUCUUAUUUGUGAGUUUUCUCUCUUUAUUUUUGUUUUCCCUUCAAUAUACGCGCGUGGAAUUCCCUCGUGAGAAUGGUACGAAGCAUUUUACCUGGGAAUAGAGUAUUUUUUCGAUGAUUUUGUAUCCGGUACCUAGACUUAGCUAAUACCUACACAUGUUGGUAGUGAUUACAACAGUAUUGGGACAUGUGCAAUUAUUUUAAAGUCGUAUUGUGUAUUUGAAAUACUAUUUACCGGUGUGAAUGAGCGAAAGCGUGUAUGUUUUUAGUGUGUGUACUAGUUUAUGUCGUUUGUCCAAUUUAGAUAACCGAUUCGGUCAAAUUGAACGGUUCUACUAUCGUGUAAGGCCCCACGGCCCAUUUCCCUUGUCCCUUUAUUUUUUUUUUGUACCUGUAAAUGUAAAUGUGUUUUGUACGAAUGUAAUCAAUACAGACGGUUUUCUUGUGA